GCCAACCCAAUCAAACAGAGAGGGGGAGACAGAAAGAGAUCUCAGUUUUUUCUUUUUUUUUGUCAAAAAUGGCGAAGGAGACGAGUGCCUGGAGAGCUCACUGCUUAAUUUUACCCUAUCCAACUCAAGGACACAUUAAUCCUAUGGUCGAAUUCUCCAAGCGUUUGGAGCACAGAGGAGUAAAAGUUACACUGGUUACCACCAACUUCGUCUCCAAGGACAUACAAAAAGAAGGCAGCUCCAUUGCGCUCGAGACCAUCUCCGAUGGCUAUGACGAAGGCCGGAUAUCGCGACCAGACAACUUCCAUGUCUAUUUGGAGCGCUUUUCGCAAGUCGGUUCGCAAACUCUAACCGAGCUCCUUGAGAAACUUUCCAGGUCUGGCUGCCCUCCUAACUGUAUUGUUUAUGAUCCUUUCUUGCCUUGGGCACUAGAUGUAGCUAAAAAGUUUGGGUUACUCGGAGCUGCGCUUUUCACUCAAUCCUGGGCUGUUGACGUUAUAUACUACCAUGUUCACAAAGGAGAGCUGAAACUCCCUCUUUCAGAAUCAGAAGUUCUGCUUCCUGGUUUGCCACCUCUUGAACCUCAGGACAUGCCUUCCUUCAUUUAUACGUUAGGAUCGUACCCAGGUAGCUUGGAGAUGCUUACGGGACAAUUUUCUAAUAUUGAGAAAGCUGACUGGGUCCUUUGCAACACCAUUUAUGAGCUGGAGCAAGAGGCGGUGGAUUGGAUGUCAAAGAUAAUGCCAUUGAGGACAGUGGGACCAACUAUUCCAUCUAUGUUCUUAGAUAAGCGGCUUGAAGAUGACAAAGACUAUGGUUUCAGUGUCUUCAAACCAAACACUGAUGCUUGCCUAAAAUGGCUAAAUGAUCAUCCGAAAGGGUCGGUUGUUUAUGUUUCUUUCGGCAGUUUGGUCGCUCUUGAAGAUGAGGAAAUGCAAGAACUAGCUUGGGGUUUGAGGAUGAGCAACAGCUAUUUCUUGUGGGUAGUCAGGGCCACAGAGGAGGCAAAGCUCCCCAAAAACUUUGCGGAAGAGACGUCGGACAAGGGACUAAUGGUUCAUUGGUGUCCUCAGUUAGAAGUCUUAGCACAUGAGGCAGUGGGAUGCUUUGUGACACACUGUGGUUGGAACUCUACGUUGGAGGCCCUGAGCUUUGGUGUUCCAAUGUUGGCAAUGCCACAAUGGACAGACCAAAGCACGAAUGCAAAGUUUAUUAUGGAUAUUUGGAAGAUGGGACUUAAAGUUCCAGUUGAUGAGAAAGGGAUAGUCAGGAAAGAAGCAGCAGAGCAUUGCAUAAGGGAAAUAAUGGAGGGAGAGAGAGGAAAAGAAAUCAAGAAAAAUGCUUUCAAAUGGAGGAAAUUGGCAAAAGAGGCCGUGGACAAAGGUGGGAGUUCUGACAAGAACAUUGAAGAAUUUGUAGCUGAAUUGGUUCGCUCGUAGCAGGUUGCAUCUGUUUCUUGCUCCAGUACCAUGUCAUAAUUUGGGCUCGUUUUUUGCUGUUUGAUGCACACACAUUUGCUAGCUGUUUAAUAAACUCCGGUUUGAUAUGAUCAGGACAAAAAGAUGAGCCUUUUAGUUUUGUCGAUCAAAAAUGUCAGAUCUUUGGGGAAUCAUGAAUUGAAUAUUUGUUGGUCCA